AUGGGGCCCACAGAGCCUCCGCCGACGUAUACAGUCGACCCGCAGGACGAUGAAGAGGCGCUGUCCGAGGCGGGCAGCGCGACUAUCGAACCGCAGAUUCUCAUUAUUCCGACUGGAAACGGCGUAAGCUUCCAGAAGGGCUACCUCGGUGCAGACGGCGAGCACGCUGCCAUCGAGGGCGAGCUGCAGUUGAAGUGUGCUGACACUUUCCGCUAUGAACGAGUGACUGUGUCCCUGCGCACUGUUGAAUCUGCGUAUGAGGCAGAGAUCGAACUAGGGGCCUCGGAGGUUGUAUUACAUUCAUCCUCCAGCUCUGACAUAGAGGCUCGUUCGUCCGUACAGCGCGCAAGCUUCCCGUUCGCGAUCCCGCUCCCUCCGGAUACGCCCCAGUGCAUACACACACCACAUUCCUCGCUCACGCACACCGUCACCGCGAAUAUAUAUGCUCCGGCAUUCGGUGACCCCAUCCUGACGAAAUCCAUAACCGUACACACUCGGCGGUAUUCAUCACAUACGUUGACAUGUCCGCCCGCUCCGGUGACGCGGUCGCUGGAGGUGCCAAUGCGCGUGGAGGUGCAGGUGCCGCGGAGGACGUUCAAGGUCGGCGAGCCGUUGCCGGUCUACGUGACCGUGCCUGUGCCACCGCGGGAGCUCGUCGUCCAGCAGGGGGUGAGAUUACGCAAUGUCCGCGCGGAGCUAGUCCGGUGCGUCAAGCUCAAGAGAGACCAAAGCUCUUCGUUUAGCUCAGACGUUCCUGUUGAGACGCCGCCAGAUAAAGAUGGUGGCUCUACGCUCUCUCAAGUGACGAGUCCAAUCGCCCGAGAUACGUCGUUUGAGGAUGUGGAUUAUGCGCCUUCCGCCCGCACACCUCAAGACAGCAAAGUAAUAGCAUGGUCGGGUGCUUCAUGUCGACUACACCCAAGGCGUCCAAUACGCAUCCGACUCAUCAUACAUUCGCCGACGGAUUCUCCGCUCGCCGAACCCAGCCAGAAUCUCCCCACCGCAGAGUUCUAUCCUCCUGAUAACGUCGAAUGUGCUUCGAUCUCUCAGACGACCUUGCUGCACUCUGUGACGUUUAGUCUGCGCAUUCGUGUGGCGUUCAUGCACAUGCAUAGUCGUACCGAGCGCAUAUCGGUGUUGUCAAUGCCCAUCACCCUUCUUCCUCCUACAGCCCCGCUACCGGAGCUCGAGGAGUCGUUGGACAAUGCUUACUACAAGAAGCAUGAUCGCCCCCCUGCACGGACUAUUAGAGCGGACGACGCCGACGCGCCGCAAUACGACGGAGGAGUGGCAGGGCCUAGCAUUCAUGGCGGUGCGCCUCCUCCGUUCGAGGAACGGGAAGCACCCCCGCCGUUCUCCACAGCCGAACCUGAAGCCUCCACCUCCUCGCGGCUUCCUACUUUCCUCGAAUCCGAGCACGAGAUUUUCGUGCCCUCUGCAGAGGAUCCUUCCAUGACGCCACCGCCAUCGGGGCCUGACUUUGCCAUUGAAGGCGAGGGAACGCUCUUCGGUUUCCCGCCAUCAGAGCAAUUCGAUGGCUAUGCGGAUAUGGAUCGCUCGUUCACGCCGCCUCCUACGGUCGAGAUGGCGUCGCGAGAUACGGACGUGACAGGCCUCGCGAACCUCAACGCUAACGUAGCGAUUGAGGCGCUGGGGCUCGCGCUGGGUUUGGAGCAUGUCGAGGAGGAUUUGUGUGAUGGACCGCCACCGCCUCCGCCUCCACCAAUGGACGACCCUUCUGAUCCACCGCCAUCCAUCGACUCCGAUUUCCGUGGCCCAUCAGGAGUCCACCACACUCCUGCGCCACAUCUUGCUACGCCUCCUAGGGAACACUCCAUUCAUUCUCCACCGAAUCACGACGAUACUGAGUCUCACGCACAUGCUCCUCCGCCUUAUCGUGUGCCUUACAGCGAUGUACCUCAGGACCAUGGGACCGGACCCCCUCCGUACAUGGACUUGGUCCAUCAUUCACACUGA